AUGUCUAAUCCAAACGAAGACAUAGAAGCCGAUGGUGACAUCAACUUCAAUGAGUUGGUUGGGAACCUUUUAUCUUCUCAUAAUACUAAUGAAAGUAAUAACAAUGACGGUGGCCAGAAUGAACAACAACCUGAUGAUGAAGGACAAGCAGAAGAACAUUCACAUUCACAUUCACAUUCACAUGAGGACGUGGCAGAAUUGGAACCAUUCAACGCAGAUGAUGCAGCUGUGGAUUUGGCUAGCGUGGUUGCAAACGCUAUGCAAGAUUUGAAUACUGAAGAUGAAUUAGAUAAAGACUCCCAUAUGAAUGUGGAAAUACAUAAUGAUGAUAAUAAUAAUGAUAAUAAUAAUGAUAAUAAUAAUGAUAAUGAAGUGGAGGAAGAGGAUGGUCAUCACCAGGACCAGGUUUGGGCAAGUAUCUUACAACAAGGUCUGUUAGAUGAUGAAAGUAAUAAUACCUCUGCGAAUCAACACGAUAAUCCAUCACAAUUAGAUCAAGAUGAUGAGAAUUUGAGAAGAGCCAUCUUACAAUCUUUACAUGGCUUGGAUACACAAAAUAACGAGAAUGACAUUAAUAUGGAUAAUCAAGAUGAACAUCAUCAUCAGACAGACAAUAUGGAAAAAAUAAUAGUCACUGAUAAACCUUCAAAGGAUAAGAAUAAGAAAGAUAAGAAGAAGAAAAAUAAAGCCAAAAAGGACAAGAAACAUAAGGAUAAAAAGGAUAAAAAACAUAAAGAAAAGAAACAAAAGGAUAAACAAAAGAGUAAAAGUAUAGAGCCAAUCGAAGAACCAAAUGAUUUAAUUGAUUUCGAAGAUGUUAUUAAAGGGUUUAUGCAACAAGAACAAACACCAAACGGUCAAUCAUCUUCUGAAGUGGAAGAUGCAGAAACACAAGCCUUAGUGGAAGCUACAUUAAGGGCUUUUGAAAAUGAAUUACUAGCCAAUCCUGAAGGUAACGCUGACUUAGAAGAAGAAGGACAACCACCAUCUUCCUCUUCCAUUUCUUCAAAGAAAAAGAAAAAAUCGUCACAUAAUUCCAAAGACAAACAUGUGAAACUAAUAGCACCACCUGUAUCAUUCUCUGCAUCUGAUUCACAAUCCAAGAAGAAAAAGAAAAAGAAGAAGAAAUCUCCAACUCCAAAGACUACUAUUUCUCCUCCAUUGAACGACGAUCAAGAUCAUGAUCAUGACGAUUUCUCACGUGUAAUAGCAAAUAUGGUUCAGGAUGCAGUAAAUACUUCAGAGACCACUGCGGCAAUGGAACCAACAACUGCCCCACGCAUAUCAGGACCUUCUAUUCUAAAUAAAGAAGGUACAUUCCAUUGGCCCACAGAAGAUUUCAACACCACGAAUGAUGACAUGAAUUCAGUACCCACCGAUGAACCAUUUGAUUUGAAUCAAAUAAUGCAAAAUGCAAUGUCUAUGGCAUUCCAAGAACAUAAUGAAAAUAAUAUCGAUGCUUCAAUAAUGGAUGAAUUUAAUUCAGAAUUAGGAGGGAUUUCUGUAUCCGAUUUAUUAUCUUCAACAACAGUAACAACGAAAAAGACUUCAAAGAAAAAAUCUCAAAAAAAGAAGAAAUCUAUUGAAAUAACUACUACAGAAUCAACUCAUAAGAAGAAAAAGAAAAAGCAGCCUACGAAACCACAACCGCCUCCAGAGGAAGUAUUAAAGAAGAAAUAUUCAUCAUGUGCUAUUGCUGCUGCUUCCAUUGCAAGGAAACAAAUUACAAAGAGGAAUAAAGAAUUAAGAAAGAAAGCCAAAGAAGAACAACAAAGGCUUCGUGAUGAGAAGAAAUUGUUAAAGAAGCAAGAGAAGGAAAAACAAGAAUUAGAAAGAAAGGAAUUGGAGGAGAUUGUCGCAAAGGGUCCACCAUAUCCUGCUGAUUUAAGAGUAACCAAGAAGGGGAUCCCUAAGAAACCUUAUAGAAGAUGGACACCAGAGGAAAUGGCUAAACGUGCAGAGGCAGCUGCAGCUGCUACUGCCAGAGUAUCCUCAUCCUCAUCAUCACCAACCAUUAGACAUCAAGAUAAGAAACCGAGAAAAAUUAGAAAGAAGAAAACUAAAAAAUUGAAAAGGGUCCCAUUAUCUACUCUAAAGAGAAUUCCAAUAGUGAAUUUCACAAAGACGCUAACGCCAUUCGUGGUUAAAAGUAGUUUGAAUGACAUCGAAGGAACUUUAUCCGAAAUUCCAAUAGAACAAGUAAAUGGCAUUAAAAAUUUGGUUCCACCAAAGAAGAUUUCACAAGAACAAUUACAAAGGGAAAGAAUGUUUGCUUCACAAGAACCUUAUUGGAAAAGAAAAUCUUCUAGUAUGUUUAAUCCAAAUUUAAAAACAGUUAUCCAUAGAGAAAAAAUUCCAUUCCAUCCACCUUGGGCAAUCCCUAUUUACCCGCCAUUAGCAUUACCUGUACAAAAUAGAAUAAAGAAAACUCAACUAAGGAAAAGUGACAAAAAGAGAGCUAAGAAUGCUAGAAAAUUCCGUAAGGAUAUGUUGGCACCAGAAAAUAGAACUCAUUUACUUUCCACGAUUUUGUCACCCAUUAUCAAGACUUUGAAAACAGCUGCCAAAAAUAAAAUUGCUAAUGGUACAUCACCCGAAGAGGCAAGUGCUUAUUUAGCAACUGUUAUGCAAUUCACUAAAAAUGCAAUUAUUAAGGAAUUGACUAAAGUUAGAACAAAUUCAUUAAAUGCCAUUGCUCCAAUCAAAUUGGAAGCUGAUAAUGAGCCUGCGAAUAAUAAUAAUAAGAAUGACGGCGUACCUAAUAGUGAGGAUCCGACUACAGUGACACCCACUCCUCAAGCAGGUAGUACUGCUUCCUCCGUUGCUGGUAUCUCUCCUGAGGGUGAAAAGAAAUCCCCAGUAGUUAAAAAACCAGGUCUUCGUAAAAUCCCAAUUUUCAGUUUAGCUACUAUUAAACAAUUGCAAAGGAAAUCCGAAGGUGAUGGCCAAGUAAACAUAAAUAAUACUACUCAAGAUUCUAAUAUAUCUAUCUCGGCAGUUAAGGUAGAAGAUCACGAUGUAGAUCCAUUGUUAUUCGCUCAAUCACAAGAUAAAGAAGUUGAUGGAAGGAAAUGGAGAACCCAGCAGUCGAGGAAGUCACAACUUCGAAUGGGACAGAAUCACACAUAUCAAACAAUGCUUCCACUACUACCGAUCCUCAUAUCAAAGUCGAACAUUACGACCACUAGAUUAGGUCCACUUCCUAAGAAUGAUUUAGACAUGCAUGUUCUGUCUGAGAUUGUGCUUCCGAAGAAGGAGGAAGAAUCUGUAAAAUUACCUUUAUUGUCCAUUCCAUUAAUAGCAAGUAAACCACGGAAAAUCACAUCAAUGAAUGUUAAACCUUCAAUAGAUGACGGUAUAGUUUCCAAAGAAGUUAUAAAUAUACCUGAUCAUGAAUCUGUUGAAGAAACCAAAGAUGUAACCGGCUCGUCCCUUAACGAAACCAUCAAUACGAAUCAUAAAGAAAAUCAUAAGGAAACUCAAGGAAAGAAACAACUUGGUCUUGAUUCACUUGAUUUACCGCCUAAUCUAAGUACAAUCAUUACAUCUACAAUAACAGGUUUAUUGCCAACUAUAGCUAAUACUGCUGAAAAUGGGGAAAUAGAUGACGACUACGACUACGAUGAUGAUGAUGGCGGAUACAGUGAAUAUGAAAAUGAAAAUAGGAAGCGUAGAAAAUUCAAUCCGAACAAAGUACUCAAUCUGGAUGGACUUGUUCCGCCUCCUAUUUCUGCACCUCCAACACGUUUCAUUAAAAAUUCGAACUCCAUUGCUUCUAGUUCAAGUGCAUCUGGUGGUAUUAGAUCAAAGGAGAAACCAAAAUUGGAACUGCGUUAUCAUUUCGAUAUUCCUGACCUUAAAGAUGUCCCUGGUAAGAAGAACAUUAUUGUUAAAAGAGCAAAACAAUUGCUAUCUAAAGAUGACGUUAAAGUAUUAAAUCGUGAAUUAAAUAAUGAACGUAAAAGGAAAUGGAGAGAGGCAAAUACGAUGAAAAAUAAGAUACAUGAUUUGAAAUCAAGAUUGAAGAAACGUGCUAAUAUUGUCUUCGGUCCGGAUGAAUCUUCUGAGAAAACAAGAUGGUUAGAAGAAACAUUUAAGGAGAAAGCAGAAGGAAAGGGAUUAGAUCUGGGAAGUGAAGAUAGUGGUGGUAUUAAAAAUAGCGGUACGACCAACAUCUCUGAUAUGGAAGUCUUGAAUAUCCUUGCUGUAAACAUGGAUCGUCUAGAGUUGGCACGUACCAUUGAAAAGGAAAUGAAUGCUUGA